GGAUUGACGCGGUUGGUGCGGAGCAGAAAUCCUCCUCCGGGGGAGCGGAGUCGACAGACGGACUGCGGAGUGUUGCGGGGUUCAGGGACAGCAGCAGCUCCACGACACGCCGCCGACAUGGGAGUCGAGCUCGAGACUAUCACCCCCGGAGACGGAAGGACUUUCCCCAAAAAAGGACAGACGUGUGUGGUGCAUUAUGUGGGCUCCCUGACAGACGGACGGAAGUUUGAUUCAUCUCGCGACAGGGACAAGCCUUUCCGGUUCCAGAUCGGCAAGCAGGAAGUGAUCCGAGGCUGGGAGGAGGGUGUAGUGCAGAUGAGCGUCGGUCAAAGAGCCAAGCUGACCUGUUCGCCCGACUACGCUUACGGAAAUAGAGGCCAUCCGGGCAUCAUCCCCCCGAACGCCACCCUCAUCUUCGACGUGGAGCUGCUGGGUUUGGAAUGAAACGACUCCACGGCCCAUUUCUUCUGUGUUGUGUGACUCCCUACCUGGGCGACCUGGAGAGAAGCUGAGGAGAGUCUGCACUUGAUUCUAUACGAGGCUGGAGUCUAUAGUCCACUACUUACUUCAUCAGACUUUGACAGUUUAUCUUAUUUUGUCUCUGUGACUGAGUUCAUAUUUUUUUUUCCAUCCUGAUUCUUCCUCUACAAACUAUGGGCCAUAACCUUACAAACCUCCAUGUUCUUAAAACUUUGAAUUGUUUUUGAAGUUGCUUUUUCUUUGUGUUUUGUUGAAGCGCUGGUUGUGCAUGGUUACGCUGAGAAAUACAAAAAUACCAAUGAACCGCUCGCAGCGACGUUCGUCUCUCUUCACGAGUCGAUGCGCACCGAUGUUAAAAUGUUUGACGGCUUGUUGUAUUUACAAAAAUGAGAAGACGUACAAAAUUAAAAUGAAAAGCACACAUUUGUAUCCCAGCUUUAAAUUGGAUCAAAUGAAGUCAGAUAGUGGUUAACUUAGUAUCUACCUACAGUGGAACAUCAGGUAAAUGUGCACUACCGUUCAAAAGUUCUGGGUCACUUUGAAAUGCCUUUGUUUUUGCAAGAAAGGCAGUUUUUUUCAGUGAAGAUAACAUUAAAUGAAUGAUAAAUCCAGUCCAGACAUUGUUAAUGUGGUAAAUGACUAUUCUAGCUGGAAACAGCUGAUUUUUAAUAGAAUAUCUCCAUAGGGGUACAGAGAAACAUUUCCAGCAACCAUCACUCCUGUGUUCUGAUGCUACAUUGUGUUAGCUAAUGGUGUUGAAAGGCUCAUUGAUGAUUAGAAAACCCUUGUGCAAUUAUAUUAGCACAUGAAUAAAAGUGUGAGUUUUCAUGGAAAACAUGAAAUUAUCUGGUUGACCCCAAACUUUUGAGUGGUAGUGUAGGUAGUUAUUAAGUUCCACCUGCCUGCAGUGAAAUAUCAGGUAAAUGAAGUGCAACACAGGAGUCUGCUACAUAAAAUGGGCAUUUCUGUAUAAAACCACCGUGUUUUCUUUUCGUUAAAGUUGCUAAGCGAUGUGUGAGAGGUCAUUGGCUCAUAGAGAACCAGUCACAGUUGUAGAUAGCUCUAAUGUGUGCCUAAAUAUUCUUGCCAGACACGUGGUUACAACUGUCUGCAUGUCGUAGACCCGACGGAAACCUUAGUAAGUUCGAAAGCUUUGCAUCCGAUUUAUUAUUGCCUUCUCAUCUCGCCAAGUCUUUAAACCCCAUUUAAAGCCAUAAACAGGUUGAACGGUGCAAAGAUGGGAUUUGCGUUGACGCGCAUCAAUUGGAGCUUUGUUAUUUUUUUUGUACAAUAAAAAAAAGGAAAGAAAGAAGAAGGGAAAAUGCUUGAAAUUUACAAGGGGAAUCAAUCACCCGGUGACGUCCCCUCAUCUUAUUUUGUGUAACAACUUCAAUUAUGUAUUUUUCAAAUGCCAACUUUCUAUCUCUAAGAAUCAACAAAGUUAGUUUUUUUUCCUCGCCAUUGUCAGUAAAGUACCACACUGCCUAACUGAAGUCUGUGCUGUGGUAAAAAACAACAAAUAUGCUGACACACAGGCGUCCUCGUGGGUUUUUGUAUCUCUAAUAAAUAGUUUUAAAUGGAGUUUAAAUGAAGGAAUCUGCUGGCCUGGCUGUCUGAUAUUGACCGUGGCUGCUGUCAAUGUAAUUCUGUGCUCAGACGUUACUGUAUGCAGGCUAAACCAAUGAAGACAUAUUUAAAUAAAAGAAGUGCUCUCCA